UCCAAUUAAACACAGCACAAACUAUACUCAAAUGUUUCAUCAACACAACAGCGGUUACAUUAAUUUAGAUGCUACACGAGGGCGGCAGCGACGAAUUCCACCGCCGGCCGGACCCGAGCACUGCCGAUGCAGCUACUCCUCGGGUCCUAACCAUCUUAUCCUACGUGCUUGAAAAGCUAGUGGCACGGAACGACCAAUUGCUAGUGCUGGGCCGUCAGGGUGCUCAUGAUAAUGGGUUCAUGAGCAACGGAAAAGGAGGCCCGCAGAGGGUACUAGGGAAGAAUUUUAAUGCGUUUCAUGGGGUGAAAGCGCCGAACAUAAGUAUACCGAAGUAUUUGGAGAGGUUAUACAAGUAUACGAAUUGUAGCCCGUCUUGUUUUGUGGUGGGGUAUGUGUAUAUUGAUAGAUUGGGGCACAAGUAUCCAGAUUCUCUCUUGGUUUCUUUGAAUGUGCAUCGGCUGCUUGUCACCAGUGUUAUGGUUGCUUCCAAAAUGCUCGAUGAUGCACACUACAACAAUGCAUUCUAUGCUCGAGUUGGAGGAGUAAGCAAUACAGAAUUAAACAAGUUGGAAUUGGAAUUACUUUUCUUGCUAGAUUUUGGAGUUAAUGUGAGCGCAAGAGUUUUUGAAAGUUAUUGCCAGUAUUUGGAGAAGGAAAUGUUGAGCAAUGGGCCAACCCUCAAGAUUGAAAAGUCAGUUAUUAAUAGCAGUGUUAGUACUGUUGAUGAUGCCACUGAAAUUUCAGUAGAAGAUACUGAUCACACUUCUUCACCAUCCCAAUUGCUAGAUUGAAUUUACGAGUCAGUGAUCACAGCUAUAAAUUCUAACAAGAUGAUUCAGUAAAAUGUAAAAAAUAUUUUCUUGUCCCUACAUCACUCUUUCUAUAUUCAUGUAACAUAUCUUGGUUGUGAUUGUGAUUGUUAUUGUGCGAUUGAUCGCUUGGUUGGAAGGAUUUGAGUUUUUGUGAAUUAUUAGGACAAGUCUAUUAAUGUACCAUAACACAAUUGAGUGAUUCAUUGGAAGGAUUUGAGUUUUUGUGAAUUAUUAGGACAAGUCUAUUAAUGUACCAUAACACAAUUGAGUGAUUCAUGUAAUUGGACAUACAAGUUACAAAGAGAGAAGUAAAGACCAUACUCUUGCUUUU